UGACGAAUACGGAAGCGUUUACGGAUCUCUUUUAGCUGCUAAUACACUGACGUAAAAUCCAACAAAAUGACCGAGCCAAAACCUAAAAAUAUCAGUUCUAUUCCCAUCAAUGGAUACAGCAAUGUUCCUAUUACAUCGGCAUGGACCUUUCUACAGUCAAUUGACUGGUCUGAGCCCUGGCUGAUGGGUCUUCUGGCGUUGCAUGUCUUGUGUUUUGCAUUCACCAUCCUCUCCUGCAAGUACUAUCGCCUUCAGAUAUGCCACUUUCUCUUGAUGGUUGCUAUGGUUUACAGUGCAGAAUACCUGAAUGAGCUGGCAGCUAUGAAUUGGAGGUCUUUUUCAAAGUUCCAAUACUUUGAUUCAAAAGGAAUGUUUAUAUCGCUAGUAUACUCGGUUCCGCUCUUGAUCAACACUGUUAUUAUUGUGGCUGUGUGGGUAUGGAGAACCUUUUCAACCAUGACAGAAAUGAAGACUUUGCAGUUAAAGAGAAAAGUUGCCAGAGAGAACCAGAAAAAGUCACAGUAGCAGGCACACGGAGAGAGGAUGUGAACACAAUAUGUCCCAGUUCCUAACACUGUCCAGUGGUGGAUGGGACAUUUAUCAUAAGGGAAGAGUCAGACACAAGUAUGCAGUGGUGGAGGGUCUUUUAUACUUAACUCUGACUGCUAAUGGAAGGAUAUUCCACCUGCUAACAAAUGCUCCACCAACUAUACAACGGCUUUGUGUACAGUACAUUGAGUUCAUUCCGAUUUAUAGCUAUAGAUGUCUGUUGUUUGUUUGAACAGAUUCUAUAAACUGUUUUUAAGUCUUGCAAUCAAUGUGUAAAUUGUAUAUUUAUGUCAAUAAACUGAAUGCUGUUAUAUUUAGACAUCAUUGUGCUUAGGUAAAGUGAUUGUAUCACUUAUUUCGAAUCUGAGACUCACAGUGGGGACCAAAUGUUGGAAACC